ACUUAAAAAUUCUCGAUGCGAAUUGGAGACUCUAAACAUGAGUAAUACAUUGCAUUACGAGUAUCCGCAGGUUAUUAAUAGUAGGGGCGACCACAUUUAAUAUCAUCCAGAAAGUAGUGCCCCGACUUGUUAUGCACCUUAGGAAUCAGAUAGAUAGUAUCGAACUUUUCAGACAAACAAUGAGAAUGUGUGAUGAGAUACUACUUCCUACAUGUUUGAUCGAUACUACCGUAAGCACACACAACCACACACACUAAUCAUUUGACCACUCAGGCACAACCCUCCUCCUCUUCCUCUCCCCCCCGUACUUCCGCGGGUUCUCUGGCACAUACAGAAAACCGCGUUAGUCGGAAGUUAAAAUCCAGCCCCAAGACCAGCAGGAGACAUCCGAAAAACCCAUAACAAACCGGCGGGCUCCACUCUCUCCGAUCGGAGGAGAUCGGACAAAUAUUCCCUCCUGGAUCGUUUUGGAGGGUUCUCCUUGCGCGGUCAAAAAUAUGAUGUAUCUCCUCCCCUUCCAGACCAACCGAACACCGAGAACACCACUUCGGUUAAGUGUGCUCAAUAUAAUUGUGCAUCGCCAGUCAACCACCAACAUAGCCAGAGAUAUAUUAAUAUCUGUCGAUUGCCCGACUCCACGGCAAUCAAUCUUGCGACUCCACGUACGUCAUGUCAAGAAAGUCUUCAGGGCUGACACUUUUGCCGGCUCCUUUCCCAACAGGCAGGCACGCCCGUCCGUCGGGGAGAAACUAAAAUCGAGCCAAGACGGUUUGAUCCACCGCCAUUACGAUUGACCGCAACGGUUUGAGCACGUCAUUCCAGAUUGUCCGUUCCGCUUUGUACGACCCUCCUAAGGAAUAACGGUUCUUAUUAUGUUUUAGAUCAAGUUUGCCAGACAAUUAAUAGAGUAAUUAACUAUUUAGUGUUGUUGAUAUUCGGUUUCAUAUAGUCCUCU